AUGGACGUCGACACAGACCUCGGAGGUCGUCUCCAGGCCGCUUCAGCCAUUGCCAACCAGCGCGACAGGAUCGACGCCUACCUCUCCCUCCUUUCCUCCCUCCUCACCACCGCCAAUGCCUCUGACCUCGCCGCCUUUGGUCGCCACUUCACCACCUCGACAAGCAUGGCCAUGGUCGUCGGCCGCCGCGUGCUGGGCGCGUACGUCUCUGCCCUGUCCUCGGGUCUUGACGUCCCCACGCUCCCCGACGAGGCGGGAGAUAACGCCAAGUGGAGCGAGCUCGGCAAGACGGCGUUCACGUCCGAGGCCGGCGAGGACGUGCGCCGCGCGGCGAUCGAGGGCGUCCUCGACUCGGACCCCUCGGGAUGGUGCGAGGAGCAGACUACUGCCCUCCGCCAUGCGUAUGCUUGCAUUCUUACCCGCGACGAGGACUGGCUCGGCGCUGCGCGUGCGUUGAUGAACAUUCCUCUGGAUGGCGGAUCGAGGCUGGUCCCCGACGAUGAAAAGCUGGCCGUUUACAUGAAAAUUGUUCGCCUUCUGCUCGAGUACGGGUGUCCUACACUGGCGGUCACCCGGUCAAUUCCCUUCCUGCUCCAUGUCCUCCUUGCUAACACUCCCCAGUGUGGCGAGUCGGGCCGUGCUCAGACGUACUUCUCCCGCGCGUCGCUUCUCAUCCACACCUCCAAGGACAAGGAGAUGAACCUGUCGUACCGCCUGUCCCAGGCGCGUCUGUUCGACUUUGGCGCCCGCUUCGCCGAGGCUGCCCAAAAGUACCACGAGGUGUCGUUCAACAACUCUAUCGACGAAGACGACCGCCUCCAGAUGCUCUCCGCGGCCGUCAAGACGUCCAUUCUCGCGCCCUCGGGUCCGCAGCGCAGCCGUAUCCUCGGCUCGCUCAACCGCGACGAGCGCGUCCAGGCUAACCUGCCCCCUUACCUCUCGAGCAUGCUCCGCAAGAUGCUCCUCGAGCGUAUCGUGCGCCCCGACGAGGUCCACGAGUUUGAGCGCAGCCUCGAGCCCCACCAGCGCGCGACCGUCGAGGGCGGUGGUACCGUCCUUGAGCGUGCUGUCCGUGAACACAACGUCGGCGCGUGUGCCAACAUUUACGACAAUGUGGGCUUUGACGCCCUCGGCGAGCUGCUCGGUCUCGACGCCGCCGUCGCCGAGGCCAUGGCGCGUAAGAUGAUUGAGCAAGGCCGCCUCCGCGCAUGGAUCGACCAGCCGUCUAGCCUGCUGUACUUUGAGUCGCGCGAGCACAACGAGGACGGCGAGGCUGUCGCUGGCGGUCUCGGCAUCGAGCGCGUCGACAACCCCAUCGAGCCCGUCACGUGGACAGAGCGUUGGGACGACCGCAUCCGCGCCACGAGCCUCAAGGUCGAGAGCCUGGCCGAGAUUUUGCAGCAGCGUGGCCUCGUGUCUGUCUGA